GACGCUUAGCAUGGCUGUAUCCUCCCUCAUCUUGAUUUAUCAUGCCGCUACAGCAUACCUAUGCACCUUUCUCACCAGCGACCCCUUGUACAUGUCCUUCGGUGUGACUGCAUAUGCCUGGUAUGGAUGUGCCUUGGCUAUACUUGGAGUGUACGGAUCGUAUAAGUGCAGNAAAUCACCCACACACCUGACAAUCUUCUCCAACCACUUGCUCAUAGACACGGUCCUCUCGCUCGUUCCCAAAAUCGGCCUUGUCUAUCUUUUCUACGAUGUCACUGCAGAUCUCUGCUUCACCAGCAAACUCAACACGUCAUUCUGGUUCCCUUCCACCACCGCGGACUUGCACGGCCCCGGGCGCGUCAUCCAGACUUCCUCCACGGAACAAACUCUUGGUGCCAGUAUCAAGGCACGUCGCCACUGCGAAACGGACGUUCUCAUAGCUCAAAUUGCCUUUGGUGCCGUUCUCGCCUUCUGGACAAUCGCUCAAUGGGGUAUAGGUUUGAGCGUGCGCCGAUAUGCUCUCAAGCUAGAGUUGCAGAACUACAACACAGUCCAAGGCGACCAGCGUAUGGACGAAGAGAAGGCUUUUUAUGAGGAAGAAAGCCUUGCCGAUGAGUACCAAGAUGUUGUCAAAAGCGUUCAGCAAUGGACGUCUCGAGAAAAAGACAGCACUACGUUCAUCGAGGUUGCUGAGAAGCCCUCC